GCACAUGGAGCGGCCGCUUGUAAGUGCCUUCCUUAUGUGUACCAUGAUCUACGCUGCACCACUCCUGUGUGGGUCAUGGGAAUUCCUACUUACUUGGGACGAUAGCAUCAACUUUGUAGAGAAUGAGGUCAUUAGCCGCCUCGAUUGGCGCCAUUUCCGCGCGAUGCUGUGCGAGGUCCGCAUUGGGGUGUACGAACCUCUCGCUCAUCUCCUGAAAGCCAUGGUGUUUGCAGCAUGCGGUCUAAACUCUCAAUGUGUUCGCCUUAUAACGCUUACUCUGCACGCCGCGUCAUGCUACGUCCUUCGCCAGGUCUCAAUCGACUUGUUAGCGUUGUUGUUGGACUCGCUGGAGCCAAAAGCAACAUCACUGGGCUGCACGCUCAGCGCGUUCCUGUACUUCAUCCACCCUUUGAAUGUUGAAGUCGUCGCGUGGCCGUCUGCCCAACCAUACGCCCUCGCCCUUUUUUUCGUCAGCAUGUGCUACUACGUUCAUGUUGCUAAUUGGUCACGACCAGGAAUAAAGGCCAGCUCAACCUAUGCAUUGGCUCGACGUCUCCUGCCAACAGUCUUGUAUGGAUGUGCAGUGUUGAGCAAGAGUGUGGCGGUCCUCGCACCUGCGGGCUUGGUGUUCAUUGACGUCUUGAUUUGCCUCAAGCGACCCUCCAUCAAUCCAAGUCUUCGAUGGCACGUUUUACAGCUCCUUCGGGGGUUCUUUGGCUUUGGAGUUGUUGGAGCAAUGGCUGUGUGGGCUAUGGUCGCGUCCAACAAAGGUGGGGACACAUGGGAGGCAGAUCCACUGCACAUUCCAUUUCACGAAUGCAUCGUCAAGGCGUUUGUGAUGAUUUCGUGGACGAUCCGAACAUUUGUAUGGCCGACGGAGCUCAGGGCGCACUACAGCCUCCUUCCUGGCGACAUGAACUUCUCAACAAAUUCAACAAGUCUCUUGUCUUUAGUGGCUUGCAUUGGGAUUACAAUGUGGAGUUUGAGUCGACGAGCGGUUUGUCCAAGCGCCUUGGCAGCGUGGACGUACUCUGUCGUGAUGCUUCUCCCCGUGUGCGGACUUGUGCAACAUGGAAUCAUCACUCUCACGGCAGAUCGAUACGUCUACUUUCCAACUCUGGUGGCCAUUCCACUGCUUGGUGCUGGAAUUGCCCACGCGACAAAGCUCGGCAUAAACUCCUGCCUGGUUAGCUUUACUGCUAUCUUCCUCGCGUUCGCGUUACUGAGUGCCCGCCAAAUGAAUACAUGGCGCAAUGACGAAACGCUAUGGCUCCAUAACAUCAAACAAGAUCCUGCAGACUGGAGAGCUCUGGAUCACUUGGCCGACUACUAUGCCAGAGUCGGUAGAGUUGCCGAGAGCCCUCCAUACUGGGAGCGCUCGCUGUGGCACAUGCCCCGCACGGGUGUCAAAGCGAAGCUCCAACAAGCGCGCCUCCUCAUGUACCUCGGUCGCUACGACGAAGGAUGUGCCUUGUACGAAUCGGAAUUGCAGCGGCAUCCUCGAAGCACGCACCUCCUCAACAACGUAGGCGUUUGCCACAUGCGUUCGAGCAAGUAUGCCUUGGCAAAGCAGUCGUUUCAGGACGCGGUCGAGUUUGCCGUAGGCCUUGCAGGCGACGUUGGUGGUGUUGACACUUCGACGCCUCAGCUGAACCUGCGCCAGCUGGAAGCGUGGGAUGGCCAAGCCGACUACCAUGCCAACUUAAUGUGGUGACGCUAGCUGCGGAUGUCGAGAUGCCCGAAUCCCUUCUUUAAACCAUGAUUCAGUCAAACUUCACGCAUAUAUAUCUCUGCUUCUUGUACGUUGAAAACCCAAGCGAUAUCACGACUGGG